AUGUCCUUCCCCAGUAGCUCUCCUGCGUCCAACACCUUCUUAGUGGACUCUUUGAUUGGCGCGUGCAGGACGGACAGCUUUUACUCCGGCACCAGCAACAUGUACAUGCCGUCCGGAGCAGACAUGGGAACUUACGGAAUGCAAACCUGUGGACUCCUGCCGUCUUUCGGCAAAAGAGGGGAGGUCAACCACCAAAAUGUGGGCAUGAAUGUCCACCAGUACAUACCUCAGAUAGAGAACUGGACCGAUCCGAGCAGAGCAUGCAGGAUCGAGGGGUCCAGUCAGAUGUCAAACUGUACAUUUUCACAGAGCAUAAAAGAGGAAAGUAACUGCUGCAUGUAUUCUGAUAAGAGAGUCCAAAAAGUCAGCUCUUCAGAGGUUUAUUCUCAUGUUAUUCCUGAGUCUGAUGGUCCAGAGAUCCCGGUCCCAGGUUAUUUCAGACUGAGCCAAACUUACGCGAACGGGAAGCACCAGGAAAACUACCAUCAUGCGCCGCCGAGUCCAAACCCAACACUCAUGCAGCUCAGCCGGGUCACCCCGAAACCACAACCCUCCUCUUCCUCCUCCUCGUCGUCUUCAAAUUUUGCAGAAGUGGAAAAGAAACCCGAAGAAAUCCCUCAGAACCCUGAGACCUCACGGACGCCGGUCCCAGCAGAGAGCCCGGAUCCUGCACAGUCCACCUCCGGGGAGAAGAUGUGCUCCAUGGACGCGUCUGUGUCCAGCCCUGAGCUGCUGCAGCAGGAAGGGAAAGUUAGGGCUUACAUCUUUUUUUAUUUUCUAAUGGAGGCAAAUUGUAAGACUGACCCUCCGACAAGUAACUGGCUCACAGCGAAGAGUGGCAGGAAGAAAAGGUGUCCCUACACAAAGCACCAGACCUUGGAGUUGGAGAAGGAGUUUCUCUUCAAUAUGUAUUUGACCCGAGAGCGCCGCCUAGAGAUCAGCCGGGGCGUCAACCUGACCGACAGGCAGGUCAAGAUCUGGUUUCAGAACCGCAGGAUGAAGCUGAAGAAGAUGAGCAGAGAAAACCGCAUCCGUGAACUCACCUCAAACCUCACCUUCUCGUGAGCUCGCAUGUGUCUGUGGUUAGCUGGUUUUAUUUUCAUUUAAUGUUCGGUUUGAUGCUUUGGUGGCAUUGGACGUUUAUCAUCAAUUUCAAGGAAACUGUGACUCUAUGUAUAAGCUAUUUUUUUCUGUGUGGUGUCGUGUAUUUGUGUUUUAAUUUUACCACAGGGUUUCACUUUUUGGUCUUAAAUUAUUGGAGCAGUAGAAGUGUCUCCUGCCAGUUUGCAUAGUCUGUUGUCGUCAUGAAAGCACAUUUAUUGUCUUGUGGUGCAACAUUUGUUUUACAGUGUAAGUGCAAACCAUUUGCUCCAUAGUGAAAUGUUUCUCUGGGCCUGAAACAAGUGUCGGCAAAACAAUGUCAGUGUGAGUUCAUUGCAUGUUUGUGGCAUGUAUCUUGCAAUAAAUUGUCAAAUAAUCUUCA